AGAGACACAGACAUCCCAGCCGUUCCAGCCAGCCGUCGACAAAUUUCUUCCUAGCUAGUAACAGCAGAACAAGCAGCUCGCCCGGAAGAAAGAGAAGACAGGGACGAUCCAUCCAGAUUUACCUACUUGAAGAAACAGAGAGAGAGAGAGAGAGAGAGCUUGAUCAGUGAAGAGUUAAUUUGAUUUGUGAAUGACGAGUGGAGCCAAUUGUGGGUACCCUCAGCUGGAGCUGCCGCCGGGGUUCCGAUUCCAUCCCACCGACGAUGAGCUCGUGAUGCACUACCUCUGCCGGAAAUGCGCCGCCCAGCAGAUCGCCGUCCCCAUCAUUGCAGAGAUCGAUCUCUACAAGUUUGAUCCGUGGCAACUUCCAGAUAUGGCUCUGUAUGGAGAGAAAGAAUGGUACUUCUUCUCGCCGAGAGACCGGAAAUAUCCGAACGGGUCACGGCCAAACAGGGCGGCCGGAACCGGGUACUGGAAGGCCACCGGAGCCGACAAGCCGAUCGGGAAGCCGAAGCCGGUGGGGAUCAAGAAGGCUCUGGUUUUCUAUGCCGGAAAAGCUCCCAAAGGGCUCAAGACCAACUGGAUUAUGCACGAGUACCGCCUCGCCAACGUCGACCGAUCGGCCGGCAAGAAAAACAAUCUAAGGCUCGACGAUUGGGUACUGUGCCGAAUAUACAACAAAAAGGGUUCCAUCGAGAAGCACUUUCCGGCGGACAGAAAAUUCGUGGAAGCUUCCGAAUUCGAGGACCAGAAGCCCGACAUUUUAUCGGGCUACGGCGCGAUGCCUCCGCCGGCGGUGCUGCCGCCACUGGCGCCGCACAUGGCGGCGGGGAACGACUUGCUGCACUUCGAGACGUCGGACUCGAUGCCGAGGCUGCACACGGACUCGAGCGGGUCGGAGCACGUGACGUCGCCGGAGUUCACGUACGAGAAGGAGGUCCAGAGCCAGCCCAAGUGGAACGACUUCGGAAAUGCCCCCGAUUUUCAGUUUAAUUACAUGGAUGCCUUUCCGGAUGACACUUUCGCCCCUCCGAUGCAGUAUCCACCCGACCCGCUUUAUCCGAUGCAGGACAUGUUCAUGUACAUCCAGAAGCCAUUUUGAGCCGUCCGAUCAAACUCGGAAGUAAUUAUCUCAAUCGGGUGCGGCGGGGUCGCACCAUAGAGAGGCGGCGUUGGUGGCAUCAUAAGCGUUGAUCUAAUAAUAGGAGGAGGCAUAUGAAUGAUGCUGAUGGUGAUGGGGAUGGUGGCGGUGGUGGUCAUGUUGGCAUAUUAUAUUUAAUUGUUAUGCAGCUAUGGAAGUGUAUGUUGUAAGUAGUCGUAGUGGUAGUAAUAGGGUCAUUCUUGUAAUUUCACAAAUGGUUGAAAAUUGAAAUUAUAGAAGUUGACGGGGGGAUUAACGUGGAGCAAAAUACGAAACGAAAGUCAGCGAUGCUUCGUGGUGCUUUCUCAAACGUUCACGUUAAUGGUGGGCUGGGCUGCAAUGUUUUAUCGUAUUCCUCGGAGCUUUCCGGGAAAGAGACUUGGAAAAACAUAAUAAUAAUCCCCUACCAAAUGCCAUCCAUCCAGACACGCCCGCCCGCCCAAUAUGCUGCUGCUACAUACAUGCCGUGUGCUAUAUGCUGAUGUUGUGGUUUUGUACUCAUCCAAUUCCAAGUCAAUUCAUUAAUUGCCUCCAAAACCAAAACCAAAACCAAAACUCAACCCUAACCCACAAAAUUAACUCCUUUCUAUUGCUUGCACUUGUUAUUCAAUAUUUCUUAUGUGAAAUUUUAUUUUUCACUUA